AUGGCAAAAUUACUUACUUCUACACCGUUGUCAGAUACUACUUCACCCCCAUCGCUAUCUGAACAAGCACAGCCAGAUUCAGACUCUUCGUCACUCAGCUUGCCCGAUGAAAGUCGUAAUGUAACAGUGAAUUCAAAGUAUGUUCAUGAAGAUACACCGCCUCAAGUAAACGCCGGCACCAGUCAAGAUAACUUACAAGACUUGAAAAAAGAAUUAUUGCUCGCUAUGAUGAUGCUUGGUUCUUGGAAAACCAAGAAAGAAACGAACCUUUCUAAGCUUCUGAGUGAUGUAGCUGAGUUCAAAACUCAAUGCGAAGAAAUUCAGAGGUCCAAUAAUCAAAUAGAAGAUUCAAUUACUUUCCUCUAUGCUCAAUAUGUAGAAAUGAAAGAAAAGUUGCGAAGCAUAGAGAUGGAAACAAUUACCAGUAAGCAAUGUAUGAUGAAAUUGGAAAAUCUUUUAAAUGAAUCACAAGUGGUCUCGCGAUCAUCGUCAAUUGAAGUCAGGAACGUGCCGGAAGUAAAAAAUGAAUCAGUGCGAGAUCUUCUCACCAUUAUCAAAAAGCUGGGUGCUACCUUGGAUAUAGCUAUUCACGACAAAGACGUUCGAGAUAUAUACAGACGCCCUGGAAAUCCUGAGAAAACGAAACCGAUAAUAGUAGAAUUCAGCUUCGUCGGAAUGAAAGAAAGCUUUCUCGCUUCUGCACGGCGAUUCAACCGACACCGUCAAGUAUCAGAGAAACUUAACCAUGAACAUAUUGGAAUGAUUGGAAACAAACGUCCAAUCUAUGUCGUGGAACACCUUCUACUGUCGACCAGUAAACUAUAUUUCCAAGCACGUCAAUUCUCAAAGAAAAAUGGUUAUAAAUUCUGUUGGACAGACAAGGGCAGGAUUUUACUUCGCGAAGAUACAAACUCUAAAUUCAUUCAUGUUAAAUCAGAGCAAUGUCUGUUUAACUUGCUGAAUUCGUAAACCUUAAUUAUGUACCUUUAAAACUCUCUGCAGUAGAAGGACAUAUGAGCAAUAUUCCGGUAUAGCAAAAUCCCAGAUAAGCAGAAGGAAAGAUUUGCAUGAAGACAGAUAAUGCACUGUCUUCGUCAAAAAAGAUUUAUCAUUGUACAAAUGCUCUAUAUAUCUAAAUGGCCACUGUAAAUUGUCAAAAAUGUUUAUUGAUAUAAGUCAAUGGUGUUUUCUCAUAAAAAAGACAUUUUCGUCUUAUUAUAUAAACUUUAUCGCGAGUUUAUUCGAAUGACAGUUUGAUACGUUGGGCCAGAGUUACAAAGACGAAUUAGCUAAUUCAUCUUAAAUUAUUAAUAUUUUCAAUUUUAUUUUUGUUUUCUGUGCGGGUCUUACUUCUGGCUUUAUGCAAAUCCAUCCUUUUGUGAUUCUGGUAUUUUGCUACGGGAAUAUUGCUGGGUACUAGACCUGUAUGUUCUGUUGUUGCAGAGGGUUUUAAAAAUUAUCUUUAAAUUAAAUUAUCAAUUUACGAGCUUGGCACUUAAUCACAUUUCACUUUUUAUUCACCUAUUUUUCUAUUCAACUUACGCACCUUACUGAUUCUUCUUCUUCUUCACUUCUGCACUUUUAAAACUUAUAAUAAUACUAUAAUAUAUAUAUUUAUUAUUUUACAACAAACGGCGGACUUGAUGC